GGUGACAAGUGCGAAGUGACGUUACCGAACCGGGGGCCGGGUGAUCUUCCAACGCGGCUCUUUCUGUGUAGUAGUCACACGGGCCGGGAAACAACAACCCAGGCCGGGAUUUUGGAGCGAGGCGGUGUCCCCACCCCUCCGUCCGUGUGCGUGUGUUCUGGCCGGUGUUCUCGUGAUUCGGUAACCGGGAAAGAUGGCGGACCCGGCGGAGUGCACCAUUAAAGUAAUGUGCCGUUUCAGGCCAUUGAAUAGCUCGGAGGUGACGAGGGGGGACAAAUACAUCCCCAAAUUUCAGGGAGAGGACAGCGUCGUUAUCGGGGGUAAGCCGUAUGUGUUUGACAGAGUUUUCCAGUCCAAUACUUCUCAGGAGCAAGUGUACACAGCCUGCGCUCAACAAAUCGUCAAAGAUGUACUUGGUGGCUAUAAUGGAACCAUUUUCGCCUAUGGUCAGACAUCCUCUGGCAAAACGCACACAAUGGAGGGAAAUCUCCAUGACACAGAUGGAAUGGGAAUCAUUCCCAGAAUAGUGCAAGACAUCUUUAACUACAUUUACUCUAUGGAUGAAAACCUGGAGUUCCACAUUAAAGUGUCAUAUUUUGAGAUUUAUCUGGAUAAGAUUCGGGACCUGUUGGAUGUUUCAAAGACUAAUUUAUCUGUACAUGAAGACAAAAACAGGGUUCCUUAUGUCAAGGGCUGCACUGAGCGAUUUGUUUCCAGUCCAGAGGAAGUGAUGGACACUAUUGACGAGGGCAAAUCCAACAGACAUGUAGCUGUGACAAACAUGAAUGAACACAGCUCCAGGAGUCACAGUAUCUUCCUGAUCAAUGUGAAGCAGGAGAACACACAGACAGAACAGAAGCUCAGCGGGAAACUCUACCUAGUCGACUUGGCAGGCAGUGAGAAGGUCAGUAAAACAGGAGCUGAAGGCGCUGUGCUGGAUGAAGCCAAAAACAUCAACAAGUCUCUGUCAUCUCUGGGCAACGUGAUAUCGGCCUUAGCCGAGGGCUCGGCGUACGUUCCAUACAGAGACAGUAAAAUGACAAGGAUCUUGCAGGAUUCUCUGGGUGGAAACUGCAGGACCACCAUCGUCAUCUGCUGUUCUCCUUCCUCAUAUAACGAGGCCGAGUCCAAAUCCACCCUUAUGUUCGGACAGAGAGCCAAGACUAUUAAGAACACAGUGAUUUUGAAUGUAGAGCUGACAGCAGAGCAAUGGAAGAAGAAAUAUGAGAGAGAGAAGGAACGAAACAAGAGCCUUCGAAACACCAUCACAUGGCUGGAGAACGAACUCAACCGCUGGAGAAAUGGUGAAACGGUGCCUGCAGAGGAGCAAUUUGAUAAGGAGAAGAUUAAUGCUGAAGUGUUGGCACUGGAUAACACAACUAAUAAUGAUAAAUUUGCAUCCACACCAAGCAUGCCGCCCAUGCCAGGGAUGCUCGGGGCCCGACUCGGCGAUGUUGAGAAAGAAAAAUGUGAGGUUGAACUCGUCAAACUUUACAAGCAGCUUGAUGACAAGGAUGAAGAGAUUAAUCAGCAGUCUCAGCUGGUGGAGAAGCUCAAGCAGCAGAUGUUGGACCAGGAAGAGUUGCUGGCCUCGUCAAGAAGAGACCAUGAUAACCUGCAGGCAGAGCUGACACGUUUACAGCUGGAGAACGAGGCAUCUAAAGAGGAGGUGAAGGAGGUGCUGCAGGCCCUGGAGGAGCUCGCUGUCAACUACGACCAGAAAAGUCAGGAGGUGGAGGACAAAACCAAGGAGUUUGAAGCCCUUAGCGAAGAACUUGGUCAGAAAUCUAGUACUCUGGCAUCUAUAGACUCAGAGCUGCAGAAACUGAAAGAAAUGGCCAAUCACCAGAAGAAGAGGGUAACUGAGAUGAUGUCAUCACUGCUCAAAGAUCUGACUGAGAUUGGCAUUGCAGUGGGCAACAAUGACAUCAAGCAGCAUGAGGGCAGUGGUCUUAUAGAUGAAGAGUUCACUGUAGCCAGACUCUACAUCAGUAAGAUGAAGUCAGAAGUCAAAUCGAUGGUCAAACGUUGCAAGCAGUUGGAAAACACUCAGUCUGAGAGCAACAAAACGAUGGAUGAAACUGAUAAGGAGCUUGCAGCAUGCCAGUUACGCAUCUCCCAGCAUGAGGCGAAAAUUAAAUCUCUGACGGAGUAUCUGCAGAAUGUAGAGCACAAGAAGAGACAGCUGGAGGAGGAUGUGGACUCUCUCAAUGAGGAGCUGGUCAAAAUCAGUGCACAGGAGAAGGUUCAUGCAAUGGAGAAAGAGAGUGAGAUUCAGAGUGCCAAUGAGGUGAAGGAGGCGGUUGAGAAGCAGAUCCAGAGUCACAGGGAAGCCCAUCAGAAACAGAUCAGCAGCCUGAGAGACGAACUAGAAACCAAAGAGAAACUGAUUACAGAUCUACAAGACCUGAAUCAGAAGAUCUUGUUGGAGCAGGAGCGUUUGAGGGUAGAACAUGAAAAACUCAAAUCCAAUGACCAGGAGAAGAGCCGCAAACUACACGAGCUCACUAUGAUGCAGGACCGCAGAGAACAGGCCAGACAGGAUCUGAAAGGCUUGGAGGAGACUGUGGCCAAAGAGCUGCAGACUCUGCACAACCUCAGGAAACUGUUUGUUCAGGAUCUAGCGACUCGUGUAAAAAAGAGUGCAGAGAUGGACUCUGAUGAAACUGGUGGCAGUGCUGCUCAGAAGCAGAAGAUCUCUUUCCUGGAAAACAAUCUAGAACAACUCACCAAGGUCCACAAACAGCUGGUGCGUGAUAAUGCUGACCUGCGCUGUGAGCUUCCUAAACUGGAGAAGCGUCUGCGGGCGACGGCGGAGCGUGUGAAGGCUCUAGAGUCAGCACUCAAAGAGGCCAAAGAGAACGCGGCCCGUGACCGCAAGCGCUACCAGACAGAGGUGGACCGCAUCAAAGAGGCCGUGAGAGCCAAAAACAUGGCCCGCAGAGGACACUCCGCACAGAUAGCUAAACCCAUCAGGCCUGGACAGCAGCCCGUAGCUUCUCCUACACACCCCAGCAUGGUGCGUGGAGGUGGCGGCGUACUCUACCAGAACAGCCAACCUAUGCCUAUCAGAGGAGGUGGCGCUAAACAAGACAAGAGCUGAAGAUGAGUUUUCUUCCUCACUACCGAAGCUGCAAGAAGUCGUCAUGGAGAUCUGCCAUUCCAUUAACAUAAGCCCUCCUGCUGUUGCACAUGGGAGGACGUCCGAAUCGAAAUAUUCAUGGCUGUACAGUUCCACUCCCCAUCUUUUUUUUCCCUCCAAAGCAAAUUAUUUUAUGAAUAUUGCACUCUCACACAAUGCACCAAACAUGAUAUAAAAGGUAAAUCAAGAAAUAAAUGUAAGCAAAGUGAACAAUUUACACAGAAGCCAGUGCAAUCAGCUCUAAUCAGUCUUCAGCUGCUCUCUGCUCAGAUAUUCCUCUGUGAAAGUACUCUGAACAGAUUCAGAUCAGAAACCAGAUUGGUUUUACUUUUUGUGGUAACUAAUAAAGGUGGAAAAGAUUGUAGACAUGAGUAACCGGGCCUUACACAGCAGGCUAAUGCUGGAAGCAUUUCAAUUUAAACUUGCGGUUGCAAAGGCUAAUGGUUAGAUUUUGUUGAUGUUGUUUUUUAGCCAAACAACUGAAUGUUGUCCUGUUCUGCUUUUCACAGAUCACAUCUUGCAUAUCCAAGUUCUUAUUUUAACAGUCAUAAACAUCUGUAUUUAAGAUAGCUGUGUGUAUUAUUCUUACUUUUUCUGCAUGUAUCCUCACUAAUACGUCACUUUGUAUUUGGACUUGUAUGUCUAAGUGGUCAGCUGACAUCUGUAGAAGUCCUCAGGUGACGUUGUUGCUUUCUUGCUCUGCCACUGUUACUGAUCAGCCAAUCAGUUUAGCAGAAUGAUGUGGGCGGGCUUAUGUUUCAUACACUAAGAAUUUGCAUCUCCUUGAGGACAUUGCAGACAUUUGUUGUUUAGUUUGAAUUCAAGCUAGAAUUCUCCUUUUUGUGGAGCAGGACAUAAUUCCUAAUCUGUGUCGUUAUUACUCAAGAUAGCCUUAAAUAUUUUUGUUUACACUUAACACUCCUGAUAUUGUUAAAGAAAUGCUUAUGAAUUGUGAAUUACAGGACAGGACAACCUUCUGUAUCAUUUUCAACUGUAUUGCUUUCUGGGUGUUUUGUACCUAUAAGCGUCGUCAUAAGGGCCAUUAAGAGCGCGGUUGUGUUAUUAGCCCUAAAUUCUUCCCUUUUCAGUGCAUGAAGGAUAAUUGAUUGACGUUCAUGGGGAAUGCCACACAUUUAAUUAAACUUAAAAUAAUAACAUUUUUUUAUUACUGUGUAAUAGAAACUCCAUGACUUGUUGACAGAGUUCCACCAAUGGACAAAGGCGCUGGAUCAUUCCAAGUGUACAAGGUGUUUUUGGAAGAUUCUGGUUGAAGGAAAAGAGUGAGAGGGGAUGAAAUUACUGAUGACACUUUUUCUGGAUGAACUGCAUGUAUGUGUGAUUAAAACAAUAUUCUGAAA